UAGGGUAGGGUAGGGUUGAGUAGGGUUAAGCACACUGGUCACCUUAGGAUUGGUUUUCUGGUGCUGGAGAAUGAUUAAGACACAGGCCUUGAAGAUUUUUUGAGUGUGAAAUAUUACUCAGCAUAUUUUGCAGACCUCGCGGGCAAUGCCGCUUCUGAUUUUAUCCAGGCCUUCUGUAGGGAGGGCCUGUUAGAGUUGAGCAGCCCGAUUUCUUAAACCCUCUAAAAAGCUGGGGCUGAUUGGUGGCUUUUUUUUUUUUUUUGGAGGGGGGAUGUCAAAAAUUUCUUUAAAGUCGUUAGUGAUGUGGUCUCGCUUUAAGAUUUUUAGUGGGAUCAGAGGAAAAUUCGGUACUUAAUCACUUCCGGUAAUCUUCAUGACCUAUUGUUAUGACUACUGUGUACUCUCAAUGAGGAAGAUAAAGAUACGAAAAGAACUAGAGCCACAUCACAUGGGGACUUCUGCAAAUACAGAGACUCGGAUUAAAGGUGGAGAAGAUGGAGCUAAAAGAACUACUUAUUUAAUACAUUUGAACAACUUUUGGGGUAUUUAGAAGGGCACUCCACAGAAGGAUGUUAUUAUCAAGUCAGAUGCACCAGACACCCUAUUAUUGGAGAAACAUGCAGAUUAUAUCGCAUCCUAUGGCUCAAAGAAAGAUGAUUAUGAAUACUGUAUGUCUGAGUAUUUAAGAAUGAGUGGCAUCUAUUGGGGUCUGACAGUAAUGGAUCUCAUGGGACAACUUCAUCGCAUGAAUAGAGAAGAGAUUCUGGCAUUUAUUAAGUCUUGCCAACAUGAAUGUGGUGGAAUAAGUGCUAGUAUCGGACAUGAUCCUCAUCUUUUAUACACUCUUAGUGCUGUCCAGAUUCUUACACUGUAUGACAGUAUUAAUGUUAUCGACGUAAAUAAAGUUGUGGAAUAUGUUAAAGGUCUACAGAAAGAAGAUGGUUCUUUUGCUGGAGAUAUUUGGGGAGAAAUUGAUACAAGAUUCUCUUUUUGUGCGGUGGCAACUUUGGCUUUGUUGGGGAAGCUUGAUGCUAUUAAUGUGGAAAAGGCAAUUGAAUUUGUUUUAUCCUGUAUGAACUUUGAUGGUGGAUUUGGUUGCAGACCAGGUUCUGAAUCCCAUGCUGGGCAGAUCUAUUGUUGCACAGGAUUUCUGGCUAUUACAAGUCAGUUGCAUCAAGUAAAUUCUGAUUUACUUGGCUGGUGGCUUUGUGAACGACAGUUACCUUCAGGCGGGCUCAAUGGAAGGCCAGAGAAGUUACCAGAUGUAUGCUAUUCAUGGUGGGUCCUGGCUUCCCUAAAGAUAAUUGGAAGACUUCAUUGGAUUGAUAGAGAGAAACUACGUAAUUUCAUUUUAGCAUGUCAAGAUGAAGAAACGGGGGGAUUUGCAGACAGGCCAGGAGAUAUGGUGGAUCCUUUUCAUACCUUAUUUGGAAUUGCUGGAUUGUCACUUUUGGGAGAAGAACAGAUUAAACCUGUUAAUCCUGUCUUUUGCAUGCCUGAAGAAGUGCUUCAGAGAGUGAAUGUUCAGCCUGAGCUAGUGAGCUAGAUUCAUUAAAGUGAAAGCUGCAUAGUAUAGUUUUGCCAUUUUAACAUUUCUGUAUUUGAAGUGCUUAUUAAAUCUAAAAAUGAAUACUGUUAAUAUUUUGUACAUUGUGUUAAAUUAAUUUUAAUAAAUUAUAUAAUUAUACAUAUUGUAAAAUAAAGACCUGUAUUUUAUUUUCUGCUCUUUAUUCUGAAGUCCUGUUAUUCUGACUACAGUUUUUUGUGUAUACUUUUGUGUCUGUUAUUUAUGUUCAAUAACUGAGCUAACGUAGAAGAACUCUAGGUUUCUACUUGAUUUUUCUCCCAUGUAUAACCUUUCAUGUGUUCUAUAGCAAGUUGAUGUAAAAUGGUUUGUCAACAAGAAUGUUAACUGAUGAAAGUGGAUAGAACCCAUACAUGAAUUAAAUGAUGCACAAAAUAAAUGGCUGUUGAAAUUUGGAAA